AUGCGACCUGUCUUUGACUACGAGGCCAAGAUUAAACAAUUUGUCAUCGACGAGUUUCAUGAGCAGGUGAGAGACUAUAGACAUGUGGAGGUUUUGGCUGAAGUGGUCAAAUCGAAUUAUGAACUGUCCAUGGAAUUCAUGCUUCGUCUCGACUGGCAUACUCUCAAGGACCUCGAAGUACUCUGUUUGGAUUUGACCUUGUUAAUACCAAAUGAUAGGUACAAGGUAAUAAAGAAAAGCCUCGUUGAAAUGGGACGGCAUUUGAAUCUCAAGACACUCAUAUUGCUCGGAGUUUCUGAACUAGCGAGAUACCCCUACAAGAGUAAGGAAGCUUGGGUUGCCGACUUGGAGGAUGACAAGUUAAGACGGACCGUGCAUGUUCAAGAAUCCCUCAUCUCGGUCCUCAAGGAAACCUUGCGACCUGGUGGUCAGAUCCAUUUUGUCAACUUUCUCGAGCCAGGAGAUUCCUGGUCGCCUUAUUCAGUACCAUUCUAUCACCAUGGAUUAUUCGAUUCUGAUUGGCGAGUCUACUCGCUCCAGUCAUGGAAUCCCUCGCUGUCUCCUUCAGCGAAGGAACUGGCGCUGGUGAACCAAGAGGUAAAGAAUCGAUGGGAGCGGAAUCAUAUUAAGGAUCCUCGUCCAAUCGAAGUCCAGUUUCCAGAAAGAUUCCAGUUAUUCGAUGAUUAA